UCCACCGGCACCGGCAUCGGGCGCUCGAAGAGGACACGGUCGAGGACAUCGAGCAAAAGUUCUUGGGGUUCCGGAACGUGUUCGAAAAGUGCAAAGUAAAGAAGGGCGGAAACAAGAAGAAAUCACGGCUGUACAACGUCAGUUCGGGACUGCGGUUCACGUUGGUGGCCAACUCCAUGUUCAUGGACGGUGGCGAGAACCGCGGGGCCAGUUCCCAACAGCCGGCCGUCGGCGAGGAGACCAUCGCCGAAGAGGAACAGCGACCCGUCAGCAGCAAAGCCGAAGAACCGGCCAACGAAAACGACGCUGACGACGACGCUGACAACGACGCUGACGACGACGCUGACGACGACGCCGUGUCCAAGUGUUGUCCCAAAGACGUGGCGGACAAGGUAAACUCGUGGAUCGACAAGCACGAAUACAGCGCUGGUGUAGAGUGCGGCCGCUCUGAAGACGAGGAGGAUGACGAUCGCGGGUGCGACCAGAACCGUAAGCCAAGUCUAUCCCGUGUAAAUAACGAUUUAACAGACGACGAAGCGUCGACAGCAUCCGCACUGGAGGAUCAACUGGUCAGAGUGUUGGAAAAGAAUACCGAGCUAACCAUCCAGAACACAGAUCUCCAUAAACAAGUUUUGCAACUCCAACAUGCCGCAAGAGCUUUACAUCAGGUGAAAAAAGGUUCCGGGCUGAGUUUGGCAUCAGCCCGGGCAAAUGCAGAACACGAAAUCGAUGAAAUCCUCAAACUUAUGCAAGAUGCGACCGACAAAAAGAGAUCGUUGGAAAAAGAACACAAAGAGUGUUUGGUUAAUCUCCAAGACAAACAGAGAGAACUCCAAGCCAAACCGUCGAAUGUUAGCUAUGCAGAGAAAACUAGACUGUGUGAACAUAUCGAAUCGCUACAAUCAAAGAUUCGAGAACUGGAAAAGAAAAUGGAAUUGGAAAAUGUACAACAAGAAGAGUUACAGUUAGAAUUGGAACAUCUGAAAAAGUCUACAUUGCGAACGUCGUACAAAAGUACAGACUUGUCGUUGAAUUCGCCUGCGGAGUCAACAACGUCUAGCAGCGACAUAAAAUAUAGUUCACUUAAUCAUUCAUCUUUACCAGCAUCACUAGAGCACCCAUAUUCUACUGAAAAACUAAGACAGCAUAGAAUACAGUCAGCAGGAGAUGUAUUAGAAACAAUCAGUAUAAACAGCAGGGCUGCGCUAGCGGGUAGGACAUCGACCUUGCCUUCGGAAAUCGACCGGAUAAUGGCGAAAAUCGAUCAAGACAAUCGGGUGCUGGCUGAACUCGACAAGACCAGAUCGACAAUAGUUGCCGGGGGUCCUGGGCAAACUGCACCGCAUCAUAAAGUCAAAAUAAAAAGUGAUAAAACGGAUUCAAACACGGAACCGCUUCGGUCGUGCUUGAAAAAACGCAGUUUACCGACUGCCGGUAACAUACUAACGUCAGUACCGAGUGCGAUGCAAAUACAAGAGGCGAAUUACGCUUUGAAUUCUGCACCGCAAUCCAUGAAUUAUCCGUACACUGAGCUUUAUCGUAUGGCCCCUGGUCAUCUUACACAGACAUAUCAACCCCUAUCCAUCGGCACGUCGGUACUACCAUCCGUGGGACCACUGACCACCACGACUCCGGCACUUGAAACGACCUUAUUAGCCACAGGGCAGCCAGCCAGAUUACCACCUAGAGGACGAAUAAUGCCCGCUCUGCCCAGUAUAAUAAACGCUCAUCCGGAUCUCGAUUAUCAAAAUAACGUCAUAAACGAUGCACUUGUUUUAAAUAUAGACGCUAGUAAACGUCUGGGCGAAAGGAGAAUGCCCGAUAUGCUGGACAUUCCCGGUAAAGGACAGUGUUAUGUGUACUGUGCUAGAUAUUCGUACGAUCCGUUCUAUUGUUCCCCGAAUGAAAACUUCGAAGAAGAGCUUCCGAUCACGGCAGGAGAUUACAUUUUGGUUUGGGGAAAUAGAGACGAAGAUGGAUUUUUCGAUGGCGAACUUUUAGACGGUAGACGUGGAUUAGUGCCUUCCAACUACGUACAACAGCUAUACGGUAGAGAACUAGAGGAAUUCUAUCAAUCAAUGGUGGUCAGGCUGAGAGAAUGUGACGACAGCGCCACCACCACAGUGCCGCAAAACAUAGAAGACAUGCUUCCAGGUCGGACAGACGACGAGCAAAUGAAGAGACUUGCUCAACAAGAAUACAACAACAUGUUUGACGAUUAUCAAGAAGACGAUAACGUGGACGAUGAUGACAUGUUCUUCUCGCUGCUAGUACCGGCCCCGAAGCAGCUGACGUUGGAAAGACAGCUGAACAAAAGCGUGCUGAUCGGAUGGAACGCGCCCUCGCAAGAAGAAGGAUGUCUGCCCGAAUCGUACCACGUGUACGUGGACGGCAAUCUCAAAACGACCAUCAAAGCUACCGAAAGAACCCGUGCUCUGGUAGAAGGAGUCGACUCUAAUAAGCCUCAUAGGAUUAGCGUGAGAUCUGUGACAGCCAACAGGAGGACGUCCAGAGACGCGGCUUGCACAAUGGUAAUCGGCAAGGAAAAAGAACUACCUCUUCGGCCGUCCCACGUGAAAGCGAGUCAGGUGACUUCCACAUCGGCCGUAAUAUCCUGGCUGCCGAGCAACAGCAACUUUCAACAUGUCGUUUGUGUGAACAAUGUUGAGUUGAGAACUGUCAAGCCCGGUGUAUACAAACACACGAUAACAGGUUUGGUGCCUAAUACUCUGUACAGGGUAACAGUUAGUGCUAAGACGUUGCGUGCUCCAUCGUUUGAUCAAAAAAGGACAACUGCUUCUAUGGAAAAAUUUUCGACGCACAUAAAUUUUAAAACACUUCCUAAAGGAUUACCUGACCCGCCUUCGGAAAUACAAGUGGAAUCAGGCCCUCAGGAUGGUACUCUCUUGGUCACUUGGCUACCAGUGACCACGGCCCUCAGCGAUCCAACCAACAGGGGUUAUAUCACCGGUUACGCUGUGUAUGCAGAUGGAAAGAAAGUGUCGGAUAUCGAUAGCCCUACAGGUGAUCACGCCUUGAUAGAUAUUACACAAUUGCUCAGCCUGAACCCUAGACAAGUGACUGUUCGCACAAAAUCUAGAGAUAACCAAUCGCCAGACAGUGUUCCGGUAUUAAUACCCGGAGCGAAAAAUAAGCCUCCGCAUCACCACCAUCAUCAUCACAAGGAAGAGGACAAACGUAUGAAGUAUGGUUCGGCAGUUCCGAGUCAUAUGAGACCACAGCGGAACGCUUACGGUCAAGUGAUUGUCGACACCGAAGCGGAAAAUCUCAGUGACAAAGAAAUAUUCCCAGGGCAAAUAAGCAUACCGUCGAUAGAAGUAACAAAGGAGUUUACCGGAGAGGGAAAUUACAGCGAGGAAGAGUUCAUGGAGAACGGCCGCGGAAAUAGACGAGCACCUUCCGCUCAUCCGCACAGGCCUGCUGCACCUACACCACGGUCUAAACCUGUACAUCACGUUCGCCAUCAUUAUGAUGAAAGGGAACCCGCAUACUAUCAAAACGAAAAACAGAUAGAGCCUAGGAUAAAACACGGUGGUGUCGGUGGAGUUGGUGGUGGUGGCGUUGCAGGUGGUGGUGGAGUUGUUGAUCAAAGACCGUACAGAGGACGAAUUUCAGACCCUAGACACGGUACGUACCAGAAAACAGCGAGAGACAAACGCACCAGAUGGAUGGUGGCCAUCUAUGACUACGAUCCAGCAACUAUGUCUCCUAAUCCGGAUGUUUGCGAAGAAGAGUUGCCGUUCAAAGAAGGAGAACACAUAAAGAUAUACGGCGACAAAGAUCCCGACGGAUUUUAUUGGGGAGAGUGCAGAGGAAGGUUUGGUUAUGUUCCUCACAAUAUGGUCAUGGAGAUUAGUGAUAUGCAAAAGAGCCAAGAUUCUAGAGCAAGAAAAGACGACCGUUGGGUCGAUCCUUAUUCGGGGCCUGUGAAAAAAAUGGUAGCACUAUACGAUUAUGAUCCAAUCGAACAUUCCCCCAAUGUUGACGGAGAUCAGGUGGAACUCCAUUUUAAAAUGAGUCAAAUUAUUUUCAUUUACGGCGAGAUGGACGACGACGGUUUCUACCGGGGCGAGUGCAACGGCGUCCGGGGCUUGGUUCCUUCCAACUUCCUGAUGGAAGUGGGCGCCGAUUAUGGUCCCGAGGACGCGGUCGGUGCACAGCAGCAAUCCAAAGGACAUACAAGACAAUCGCAGCAGCAGCAGCAGCAGCAACAGCAAACGCAGGACAUGCGAGGUCACGGGCCGGGUGCCCGCGGGCCUCCGCCUCCCCCGCGUGGCAUUGAUCAGCCGCCCAAGCGAAAAGAUGCCUGCCUUCCGCAGUAUGAUUAUCACCAGAUGUCGGCGGCGGCGGAUGCGAGGGAGAGAGGCGACCCGUACGAGAGGAGAGAUGGUAGAGACGGCGGGCUGAUGACGGGCGGCUACGGGCAACCGCCGCAGCAGGCCGGCCAACAAAACAGCAGCACUUCCGGCAAGCUGUUCAAAGGGUUGGCGCACGUGGUUCCGGAUUUUGGACUGGGCGGCGGUCGUUUGCAUGACAAUCAGCAGCAACACCAGCAGCACAACCAACAACAACAACAACAACAACAACAGCAGCAACACUCUGGCACGUCCAGUUUUAUGCAAAAGCUCAACGACCUCACUCAUCAUCACAACGCGAACCAACCGGCAACGUCGGCUCAACAACAGCAACAACAGCCCGCCGACCACGGUGUAGACAAUAUCCUGGCCAAGGGCAAAGAUCUAAUUUUCAUGAAGUUCGGCCUGGGCAAAUGAUAUUCACUGACGGCUAUUAACGCGGCCACCACCGCGCUUUUUACCAUAACCAUAACCGCAUUUCGAAUGUGUUGUUCCCGUUUGUUUCUCGUUGUCCGUUUUUUUUUUUUUUUUAAUUUAUCGUCGACUUUAUUAUAUUAUAUUUUUGUCAUCCAUUGCUCACACACAGUACGACGAAAAGUAAAAAAAAAAUAGUCUCCCAUAAAUUACACGCUCUAAU